UUGAAAUUAUUUUGUUACAAUUGUUUCUGUGUUAAAAAAGAAUUGGUGGGAGUUGAAGGUUAAAAAAGAUUGAUUUGUUUUGUUGCAUGGUUAAAGAUUGAUUUGUUUUGUUGCAUGCAUGGAUGUUAAAUUGAGACGUAGGAUGCUUCUGAUUAGCUUCUUGGUAGCUGCUGCAUGCUUUCCUGGCCCCGCCUCUCACGCUUUCAUUAUUUUUACACUGAUUUGGCGCAUUCGCCCUUCGUUCUCCUUAUAAUCUUCUUGUGUUCCUACGUCCAUUUCGUAGUAGCAGUCCCACUUGAUUUCAAGUAGAGAUCAAAGAAGAAGCCACUUUUGGCAUCUUACUGUAGGAGUCCACAUUGUUCAGUACUACUAGUCUUGGAGGAAUAUAUUCAGUCUAUGAGUUUGUUUGUGUAUGUUGUUUUCUUUCAUGUUUUGGAUCGCAUUUAGUGAUUUGUCAUUGGAAGGAAAGGGAAAAUAUUUGUUCUUUCAGUACUGGAAGUUGUGGAAGUUGAAGAUUUGAGCGAAUUUUGAAUCCGGUGGUUGUUCAGUCUUGCUCUAGUUUGGGUGUUUGGAAGUCUCAGAUCAUUUAAGAAGGGGAAAUAUUUGUUCUUCAGUACUGAAAGUUGAAGUUUUGAGUGAAUUUUGAAUUGGUUUUGAGUGGAUUUUGAAUUGGGUGGCUGUUCUUCUGUGAACAAUCUUGCUCUAAUCUGUGUGUUUGAAGGUCUGAGAUCAUUUCUUAAUAGUUCUGAUCACAUUCAGUGAUCCCUUAUCAAAACGGAGUAGUGAAAAAGUUGAAGUUUUGAUGGUUGUUCAAUCUUGCUCUAAUUUGGGUGUUUGUCCAUCAGUACGGAAAGUUGAAGUUUUGAGUGAAUUUUGAAUUGGGUGGUUGUUCAAUAUUGCUCUAAUUUGGGUGUUUGUUCUUCGGUACGGAAAGUUGGAGUUUUGAGUGAAUUUUGAAUCGGGUGGUUGAAAUUCUGUUCAAAUUUUUGGUCUAUUUUGGGUGUUUGAAGGUCAGAGAUCAUUUCUGUUUAGUUUCUCCGUUAGAAGCUGUGAAUUUGGGAAGAGUUGGGUACUGUUUUUGAAACAAUUCGGGGUAUUUAAAGCUGGUGUUGAAAUCCAGAAAGCAAAGCGCACGGUCCACGGACAUUGCCUUUUCUUUCCUGUCCUGGCGGGAAGGAAGGCUUUAAAGGCCGUGAUUUCAGAAAGCCUUGGUCCCUGGGGUCCAGCUUGUUACGUUUGCUGUGAAGUCUUGCCGUGUAAAUGUUUGAUCUGGAAUUUUAAGAAUUCCUGUAGCCGAUUUGCCAUUAAAAGGGGGUGAGAACGGUUAAAUUUUUCACGGAUUUGAAGUCAGUGGACGCGCUUUCCUUAAAUUACCCCGAGGUUUUGCCCCGUGACGAGGUUCUGAUUUCCAAGAUUUGAAUUUUGCAGAAGCCGUGUAUAAGAGAAGCUUCAAGCUUGUUUCAAUGGCGUUAUCGGAGAGCAUGGAAGGAGACGACCUGAACAAUCUGAGCUACAAGAUUUUCUCCAAGCUGGAAAGCGAUUGGCUCUUCGGGUUGAGCGAGAAGAAGCUGUGGAUUCCGCAGCUGUUGCAGGAGCUGGUGGUGGAGAAUCCAAUGGCGGCGCCGCCGGCGCCACCGAGCCGAGGCAAAGUCUGCGUGCUGAGUAUAGAUGGCGGCGGAACGAGAGGCGUAAUAGCGGCGAGGGCUCUAGCAUUCCUGGAAGAUGCACUGAAGCGCAAGUCUGGAAAUCCCGACGCUGCAGUCGCCGACUACUUCGAUGUGGCGGCCGGAACAGGGAGCGGAGGGAUUUUGACGACAAUGCUGUUCGCGAGUGGCGGCGCCACCGGGCGGCCACUGUUCAAGGCGGCGCAUACAUGGCGGCUCCUGGUGGAAGAGGGCAAGAAAAUGUUCAGCCCUUCGGGCUCAAUGGCCCGAUUCCUGGGUACUGCGCCGGCUUAUUCUACCAAAAAACUGGAGCGUGUGUUUAAAAGCUGGUUUGUGAAACCUGACGGCAAAUGCCUCACUUUGAAGGACACUGUUAAGCCUGUUUUGAUCCCCUGUUACGACCUGUCGACUGCCGCUCCUUUUCUGUUUUCCCGUGCUGACGCUUUGGAGACUGAUAAUUAUGAUUUCAAUCUGUGGGAAGUUUGCCGAGCCACGGCCGCCACACCCGGGCUGUUUAAUCCGAUGUCUCUCAGUUCUGUCGACGGCCAUACUUCCUGCACUGCUCUCGAUGGGGGGCUUGUUAUGAACAAUCCGGCCGUCGCAGCCAUCACCCAUGUCUUGCACAAUAAGCAGGAAUUUCCUUGGGUUAAUGGUGUUGAUGAUCUGCUUGUUCUUUCUCUCGGAACAGGGCAGUUUGAUCAGAGUGAUGAUCCUGGGCAUGUCAAUGAGUGGGGAAAAAGGAAUGGAAAUGUAAAGGGAAAAGGAUCCUCAGCUUCAUCCACCAAACCCAUCAUGAAAAUCCUUCUUGAUGGGCUCUCUGACACUGCAGAUCAUGUCAUCACCACGGCUUUUGGCGAUCACAACCGGCAAAAUUAUGUUCGCGUGCAGGCAACAGGGCUGCCAGAUAAAUCCGUUCCAGAGAUGGAUGAUGCAAGUCAGAGCAACAUGAAGAAACUACUUCAAAUAUCAGACAAGAUGCUAAAGGAGAAGAGCAUGGAGUCCGUUCCAUUUGGGGGCAAGAGACUGCUUUCACAGACCAACGCACAACGUUUGGAGUGGUUUGCAGAGCAGCUGAUUGCAGAGCACCAGGCUCGGUCCACAAGAAAAGUACCCACUGUUGUUCUCAAACACACUUAUAAAGAUCUCCAUGCAGAUUCUGAACGCACAAAGUCUGUAUUAUAAAAGGCAGCUUACUGAUGAUUAUUCUACAAUGUCUUGGAGUGCUUCUCACAUGCCUCUGAGAAGUUUAAAAGAGAAAUCAGAUGCUUUUAAGAAGUUUAAGGCUUUUAAGGCAAUGAUAAAAAACAUGAAACGGAUUGAACAAUCAGCUCAUGAUAUACUUCUGAAGUUAACUAAAUAGGGUAUUGAGAUUGUACAGAAGAAGAUGAUCUUACUAUGACUGUGACUAUGCCUCUCUGGAAACAUACAGGAAAUGGGUUUUCAAAAAUCUUUCUGCUUUUCAACUUUCUGAAAUGAUUAGUUCUUAGUUUGUAGGUUUUGAGUAUAACACAAGAAGAUGCAGACUCAGCAUUCUAUUGUCUUGUAAUCAACUACUUGAAAGAGGAUGAAAUAUGAAUGUAAUGUGUCAUAAUGCACUGAGAUGCCCAAUGCUGUGCUGAAAACUAGCCAUGAGAGAGUUUUAUCAGAAAAAAAUAUGAUUACCCAUGUUUUCUUUGUCC